GCGCCCGGGGCGGCCGCGGGCAUGGGAGGCUCCUCCUGGCUGUGGGCGCUGCGCGCCGCCCGCCUCCUCUCCAUAGCCGGCGGCGGGAGGGUUCCGGCGGCGCGGCCGUGUGGCCCGGGCUGCGCGCCCGCCGCUUGUGCCGCUCGGUCCGCCGGCUCCGCGUCCUCAAGCUCUGGGGAUGAGGCUCUGAGGGACAGACGUGCUCGGAUCCUGUCACGCGGGCUGCCGAAGCAGAAGCCCAUAGAAGGAGUUAAGCAGGUGGUGGUCGUGGCUUCUGGAAAAGGGGGAGUUGGAAAAUCAACAACAGCAGUAAAUAUAGCCCUCGCCCUAGCAGCAAAUGAUUCGACAAAAGAAGUUGGUUUACUUGAUGCAGACAUAUAUGGACCUUCAAUUCCAAAGAUGAUGAACUUAAAAGGAAACCCAGAAUUAACACCAAAAAAUCUAAUGAGGCCCCUUAAGAACUAUGGAAUCGCAUGCAUGUCUAUGGGUUUCUUGAUAGAAGAGACUGCCCCAGUUGUGUGGAGAGGGCUCAUGGUAAUGUCAGCUGUUGAAAAAUUGUUGAGACAGGUUGACUGGGGUCAACUGGACUAUUUAGUAAUUGACAUGCCACCUGGGACUGGAGAUGUACAGCUGUCAGUAUCACAGAAUAUUCCCAUUGCAGGAGCUGUGAUUGUCUCCACUCCACAAGAUGUGGCUUUAUUGGAUGCACGCAAAGGAGCUGAAAUGUUUAGAAAAGUCCACGUACCUGUUUUAGGGCUGGUUCAAAAUAUGAGUGUUUUCCAGUGUCCCAAAUGUAAGCAUGAGACACAUAUUUUUGGAGCUGAUGGCGUAAGAGAUCUAGCGAAAACCCUUGGAUUGGAUAUUUUGGGAGACAUUCCACUGCAUGUUAAUAUACGGGAGACGUGUGAUUCAGGACAGCCUAUUGUGAUCUCUCAGCCUCAAAGUGAUGCUGCUAAAGCCUAUCUAAAGAUAGCCAUGGAAAUAGGAAGAAGACUACCAGUACCUUCUGCUUGAAGCAUUUGCCACUGAAACUUAUCAAAAAAGUGACCUUUGAUGCAUCCAGUUCAGAAGAGUCUUGCUACCUAAUUACAUGGAGGGUGUAUGUUUGUUCUAGGAACUCCUUUAGGAAUUAAUUUACCAGAGGUUAAAUUAUGAUUGUGAUAAUUACUAUUUUUAAAAUUACUGUUUGGCCAUAUCGAACUGGAUUCAAGUAUGCAGAUGAUGACAGACAAUAUUUAACUACUGAAUUUCAACAUCAUCAAGCAAGAAGGGAUGAAGUACAAUUUUCACAUAUGUCCUGUUUUAAGGUCAAGGAUGAAAACCAGCCUCUCCAUGCCAGGAGAAKGAUUAGAGGUAUGCUAAGGCAUCAAUCCUGCUUUAAAAAUUAAAUUUUCAAUUCUGUAAUUUCUUUCAGUUUUGGUUCAGCUUUCUACAUGUUUAACUGUCAAACUAGCUUUAAGUUCUUCAAGAUUUUAAGAAACAAAAUCAGUUGUGCAGCUGCUCUACUUUUGAGUGUUCAUCUUAAAAGAAAAUGAAAAAAUUCCACAUGCACUCUGAAGAGUUCUUGUGAUGGAUGAGGAGCAAAUUCAUUCAUUAUUGGAUGAAGUUCGAUUGUGAGGCAAUUCACAGUUUAGUGGAGAAUGGAUUACAYGACCCUGAGGCUUGUUUCUCGGCUGUUUUGCAUUAUAAUGAACCCAGACAGAAGACAAGGUAACCGAGGUCUUCACUGAAAACCAGAUGUUUUGCCUGAGCUCAGUUUGCCAGGGAAUGCAAAUCAUCAAGAUAAAUUAAAUUUAUGAUUGCAUAUUCCUAUUACAGUGCAGCAACUUGGAAUUUAAAUAUGAAGAUAUAUUUUUGAAGUAAAGAAAUAUUUGGUCUUCAAACUAUGUGGCCUUCUGGUUUGUUUUUCAUUGCUURUGAUCUUUAUUUUUGUGUUGGUGUGUGGAAGUAAAAGAUUAUGCCUUCAGGGAAUGAGUUUUCAUUUACAAUUAGAUGUUUGGGUUGACAUUUAGGCUUUUCCAUCUACUCAGUCAAGUAUGGAUAUCUUAAACAUACACUGUAACCCUACCAUAAGGUGAAUCUAACCAUUCUAAGGAGUUCUGCUAUUGACCUGUGAGUGACCAAAAUUCUUUGUAUUCCAAAUACUUUGUUAGAAUUUUGGAUGUAGUUGUUUUUUCUUACUGAGGUGAUACAACAUAAAAACUUGGUAUACRUUUACAUUAAGAAUAUUUAAGUAAUAUGUACCCAGAGUUUACAUGGAGAAUCUAGACACAAGUGAUGAGUUGAAUUUCAAGCUUAGAUGAUUUUUUGCAAAUCAUACAAUAUGCAAAUUGUAUAGUCUGAAACUUUGGAUUUUUUUGCUUCAAGUCAAUCUCUGAAUCUCUUCCCCGCACCCUCCCCCAUGAGAGCUCAUAUCAGUGGUCAGCUUUUUCAGGAGUGUAUUGUCAUGGUCUGUAGAAC